GUUUUGUUUUUUGUUUGGUUGGGUUUUUUGUGGAUUAAUAGUUUUUUUUUCUGCUUGGUCCUUAAGUAAAAGUGUCGCUGAGAAGAAGCCUGGAGUCUGAGUGAGAGCAGGCGUGUGAAGACAGGGAUUUAUCUCAUCUGCUCAAUGUCUAGCACUGACCUAAAAGCAAAAAAGCCACCUGAGUGUGCCAGGAAGUUAGAGAACAGCUGUCUCCUCAAACGUGUAAACACUACAGACAUUCUGCACUCCUUUUUAAAUGAUUGUGAGCCAUGCCUUUGGUGAAAAGGAACAUUGAACCACGGCAUCUCUGCCGGGGAGCUCUGCCAGAGGGAAUUACAAGUGAGCUGGAAUGUGUAACGAAUAGCACUCUUGCUGCUAUCAUACGCCAGCUAAGCAGCUUAAGCAAACAUGCUGAAGACAUAUUUGGUGAAUUGUUUAAUGAGGCCAACAGCUUCUAUAUCAGAGCAAAUUCCCUCCAAGACAGAAUUGAUCGCCUUGCUGUCAAAGUCACCCAGCUGGAUUCAACAGUGGAAGAGGUAUCCUUACAGGACAUCAACAUGAAAAAAGCAUUCAAGAGCUCAACAGUUCAAGACCAGCAGGUAGUUUCAAAGAACAGCAUUCCGAACCCGGUGGCUGAUAUUUAUAAUCAAAGUGACAAACCACCACCUCUGAAUAUUCUUUCACCUUAUAGGGAUGAUAAGAAGGAUGGAUUGAAGUUCUAUACCGAUCCUUCCUAUUUUUUUGACCUUUGGAAAGAAAAAAUGUUACAAGAUACUGAAGAUAAGCGAAAAGAAAAGAGGAGACAAAAGGAGCAAAAGCGUAUAGAUGGCACCACCCGUGAGGUGAAAAAGGUUAGAAAAGCCAGGAACAGACGCCAGGAGUGGAAUAUGAUGGCAUAUGACAAAGAGCUUAGACCUGACAACAGGUUGUCUCAAAGUGUGUACCAUGGAGCAUCUUCCGAGGGAUCACUGUCCCCAGAUACUAGGUCCCAUGCAUCUGAUGUUACAGAUUAUUCUUAUCCUGCUACUCCGAAUCAUUCCCUCCAUCAGCAGAUAGCGAUGCCUUCCUAUGGAGCAGGAGAUGGUCCACAGUACAUGGCAGCAUCCCAAAGCCAUGAGCAUGAAUACAGACCACCCUCCACCACUGUACGGCACGCCACUUUAAACAGACCUCAGCAACCACCUCCGCCUCCACCCCAGCCUUCAGAUGGCCAGCACAGCUCAGUACCUGUGGUACCAGCUGAAUAUGGGAUGCUCCCAACUCAGAUGGUGGAUUAUUACAAUCCUACAGGUCCUCCCCAACCUCCUCCUCCCCCUAUGAUUCCUUCAGCGCAAACUGCAUUUGUUAGUCCCCUUCAGCUUCCCGUGCCACCUUCCCAUUCCGGACUGGUGACUGGCUCUACAUAUCCAGCUGCUCAUCCUCCUCCUUCUGGUGGGCUUGUUGUCACUGCUCCUCCUCCUCCUGGCCCACCUCCUCCCCCUCCAGGCCCUCCUGCUGCAGGUGCAUCCCUCUCUUCCUCCCCCAUGCACGCUCCUCCGGCGUCGGAGGCGAAGCAGGCACCGAUGAGCGAUGCGCGGAGCGAUCUUCUGGCUGCCAUCAGGAUGGGAAUUCAGCUGAAGAAGGUGCAGGAGCAGCGUGAGCAGGAGGCGAAGCGCGAGCCCGUUGGCAAUGACGUGGCCACCAUCCUGUCGAGGCGCAUUGCCGUGGAGUACAGCGACUCCGACGACGACUCCGAGUUCGAUGAGAACGACUGGUCAGAUUGAACGUGGUCCAAGCCUGCUGGCAACUGCAUCAAACGCUUGGCUUCGGUGAUUGCUUUGUUAGCAAGAUGUAAAGCAGGACGUUGACGUGUAUUAAGGCUAGUAAGGGAAGUGCUGAAAUUGAGUUGGUAUUAUUCAGAAUGCUGUAGCUUAGCAACUCUGGUAAUAAUGAUGUGAUUAUGCUUAUGCAGAUCAGAAACUUGUCUUACUUUCAGUAUUUACUGCAUAAUACUUAAGUGCCACUAAAUGUAGCAACACGUGCUGCGUGCAAAAUAUGCUGCAGUUGUUGCACUGUUACAGAACCAGCAUUUUAUUUUACUUUCCUGUUCUUGAAGGGAUAAAAUAUAUUUUUUUGACUUUACAUCUUAUUCUUUUAAGUACUUAAGCAACUUAGAUACUUGUGAAUUGGUCUGGUUGUUAGUCUUUGAGGGCAGCUAACUGUAUGGCUGAGUGAAGUGUUGAGUUCCAUAAAUGUGACUUCUAGCUUUUUUAUUAGGUACUAAUUAUGCCCACCUUAGUCUAUUUUUAACCAUUUCUGGGCUUAAGUUUUAUGUAUACAGAAUUGAUUUUAUACUAUCUUCCUUUCUAUCUUAAAAAUGUAGCAGAUGAUGAAAUGUAUACUUUGAAGAAUGAAUCCACCUGAUCCAAACAGAACAUUUGGUGAGCAGACAGGAUGUGUCUAUAACAGUACCAGCUUUAAGUUGCUGGCUGCUUGUUGGGAAGAUGCUGGGGGGUCUCUGCUGGGUGGCAGAUGCAUGUCCAUGCUAUAACUGAAAAUACCUGUAGAGCUUUUCAGUCUUACGAUAGGAUCAGCUGGAAGCAGGAUAGACCUGAUGAAAACCCUGUGGCUGUUGCAGUGCAGAAAUGCUGCUGCUGCUAUUACUAAAGAUUGGAACA